GACAGUUACAGGCCAAUCUUUCGGCGCCCAGUUGCAAUCUAUUGUGCCCAGUUGUCAACAUCACACAAUCAUAUGGAGUAUGGAACCGACCAAAAGUGUGUAUUUGGCGCAAGGAAGAUUCAAGCAUACUGGCGGUGUUACCAAGACAGGCGACUAUUUCAAAUACUGUUGGAGACUGUGCGUGCUGCUGUAGGUGAAUAUUGUCAAUCAUUCAGAACAUCCGAGUUAUAAUGGAAGUCCGAAAUAAUGGAGUUGUACCGUAUGCUUUUAUAGGAGAACUGCUUGGCACCAGCUGUUCUCCGCCUACUUAGCCCGAUAGAAGCGGAUCUGUUAAAAGAUCCGAGUAUGCAUUGCGAGGUCAGAUUGAGAUUUUCAGGUUCCAAGUUCCCACCAGUGAUAGUCUUUAAGAUUUUCCACCUCGGAGGAGGACGACAGUACAUUUCUGGAAAAAGUGUGUUUCGGCCCAAUCAUUUGGGAACAACAGACACUCGCAGAAUGAUGGGGAGCAGGAUUUUCUUAAAUCAUAUCCUGGCUGAUGAGAUCCAGAGACAAGGCAGAACAGUUGUAGAUACAUCUGAUGUAGCGUGUAUGAGGGACUACAUGCAGUAUACAAAUCAUGUGGAUGAGCUCCCUGCAUACCUUGGUGGAAGAGAAAACACGUGGAGAUCCCUCUCUCUGAAGGGACUGCCUCAGAGGGGUACUGCGACAGACAGGCUUCAGCAAAAGCGCCUGUUGUCUCUGUGGCGGGAUGGGGGGCAGAACCCUCGACUGCAGAGGUCUCCUGCCACGUCCCCCUCUUCCAUUGUUUCAACUGAACGAUCAGUCCUCAAUCCAACACCAAUCUUGCCAAUUUGUCACUCCUCCCGAAAGGGCAGCACCACUCACCGCAUGAGACAGCUGCACUUGCUACAGAAAAACCUCGGGGAAGAAGACAACAAUGGAGAAUGGAGAACAAUGGAGCAAGAUGUAGACAGUCAGGAGAACUUCAGUAUUGGAGGACUUGAGGAGUCUGUUUCAACACGUAUGGCUGUGCCUCUGGUGGAGGAGAAAGGCUCCAGUGAUGUUUCCUUCUCUGAGUGGGAGGAAGAGGCCGAUGAACUUUACACAUGGACAAAGCAACUUGAUAUCUCUGACAUUGACACUGUACCCUACCUACAAGAAAAGUAA